CUGAUGUUUGAUUUCAGCUCCAUCUAUUUUAUGCGGCAUUAAGCUUCGUAACGUUGCUAUGAUACAAACGCUGUUUUACUGUCAACAACAGUAAUCUUAAAAAUGGCACCAGUUGAGGAAAAUAACUUGGUGGAGAAUAAAAAUACUAUUAUAUUUAAUAAUUCCAAGGGGGAACUCUUUAAACUUACGGAAAAUUAUAAAAUAUUUCAAAGAAAAGUGAAGUUAUCUUGGAAAAUUAUUAUAAAUAAAGAAGAAGUAUCUUCUCAACUCCUUAAAAAUGCAAACUUAAUAAUUUUACCUGGACCACAAAAUCCGUUUGAUGAAAGUGAAUUAAACUCAUUAAAAACCUUUAUAAACGAAGGAGGAAGAGUUUUAGUACUCUUAUCGGAAAGUAAUCAAAGUGAUAUAAGUAACAUAAAUAUUUUGUUAGAAGAAUAUGGAAUAAUUCCAAAUUUAGAUACAGUUAUUAGAACACAUUAUUACAAAUAUUUUCACCCUAAAGAGUGUUACAUCGGGGAAGUAUCGAUUAAUAAUUCCCUAAAUCGAAAUAAGUCUAAAUUGAAUGUGAUCUAUCCCUUCGGAUGCACAUUAACCGUAACCAAACCGGCUGUGGUUGCAUUUACAAGUGGGGCGACUACGUUUCCUGUUGAUCGACCUCUAGGAGCGUUAUAUUAUAACCACUCUACAGGAGGCAGAUUAUUAGCAAUUGGUUCAGGUCAUAUGUUCGCCGAUAAAUAUAUCGAUCAUGAAAUGAAUGAGAAAUUUCGUGAAAUGAUUUUUGAUUUUCUCCUAACAAAUGAUUUAAUUAAAAUUGUUCUAUCCGAUCAUGAUGAUCUUGAUGUUUGGGAUUAUCACAUCGUGCCGGACACAUCAGAAUUGGCCGAACGUCCGAAACUUUGUUUAACGGAAGCAAUUACACACACAGUUUCCGGGGACUAUAUGAAGCUGUUUAAUCGCAAGAUGUACUCCAUGAACACGGAUUUGGUUCCCGAUGCCAUUAAAGUCUACGAGAAGCUGGGCGUGAAACACCAACUCCUGAAGGUCAUAAGUCCGAAUUUCGAGGCACCUUUACCGUCUCUCCAAGCGGCGGUGUUUCCGCCGUCGUUUCGGGAACUAGCACCACCUCCGUUGGAACUAUUCGAUCUGGACGAGGCUUUCAGUUCGGUGUUUUCUCGACUCGCUCAGUUCACUAACAAGUACUUGAGUACAGGUUCGGACAAGCAAACCGAAAAGGAAUUGGAAUUUUACAUCAAGGAGGCUUCGAAGAUUGUUAGAUUGGAUGAAAACAUUACGGAUGCUAAAGAGAUUUUGUAUUCGGCCGCCGUUCAAUGUGCUUAUUUUAAAAGUAUGGAUAACAUAAAAUAAAUUUAAAAAAUUUACUUUUAAGAUGCACCAGUUAAGACA